AUGCAUUCCUUGACUUGACUUGGCUGUAUCCCAAUCAAUUUACGCGUCUUUACUCUUUUCUGAUGUUAUUUCUUCUUCCGAUCUGAAAUUUUUGUGAUCCUUUUCUACGUGAUGUUAUCCAUGGCUUCUUCUUCAUCUCUCUCUCGCAGCUGGCUGUAUCACGUCUUCCUGAGCUUCCGUGGAGAAGACGUGCGCAAAGGCUUUCUUAGUCACGUUCUGAAAGAGCUCAAAAGCAAGGGAAUCAUACCUUUCGUUGACAACGAGAUCAAGCGAGGCGAAUCUGUCGGUCCCGUGUUUGUAGGAGCCAUCAGACAAUCAAUGGUGGCCGUUGUCUUGCUCUCCCGUAACUACGCUUCUUCAAGCUGGUGUCUGGAUGAGUUAGUGGAGAUCAUGAAGUGCAGGAAAGAUGAUCAACAAACAGUGAUGACCAUUUUCUACGAAGUGGAUCCAUCUCAUGUUAGGAAGCAGACCGGAGAUUUCGGAAAGGCCUUUGAUGAGACCUGUGUGGGAAAAACAGAAGAGGUGAAAGAGACAUGGAGGAAAGCUUUGGAGGAAGUCGCGGGUAUAGCUGGUUAUGACUUUAGCAACUGUGGCAAUGAAGCUGAUUUGAUCAACAAAGUUGCCUCAGAUGUCUUGGCUGUGCUGGGUUUUACGCCAUCAAACGACUUUGAUAAUUUUGUUGGCAUAGGAUCACAAAUAACAGAGAUAAAAUCGAAGUUGAGCCUACAAUCAGAAGAAGUUAAGGUGAUUGGGAUUGUGGGUCCUGCCGGGAUUGGUAAAACGACCAUUGCAAGAGUUUUAUACGACCAACUCUCUCCUGAUUUCCCAUUCAGCACGUUUCUGGAGAAUAUCAGAGGAAGUUAUGAGAAGCCUUGUGGUAACGACUAUCAGUUGAAGUUGCGUUUGCAGAAACAUUUGCUGUCUGAAAUGUUCAACCAAAGGGAUAUUGAGGUUCGUCACUUAGGAGUGGCUCAAGAAAUACUGAGUGGGAAAAAGGUGUUGGUUGUUCUUGACGAAGUGGAUAGAUGGUGGCAACUAGAGGAAAUGGCAAAGCAGCGUGAAUGGUUUGGUCCGGGAAGUAUUAUUAUCAUUACAACUGAAGAUAGAAAACCUCUCAAGCAACUCAAAUUGGGGAUCGAUCAUAUCUACAAGAUGAAAUUUCCAGAUAUCAUCGAGUCGCUUCAGAUCUUCUGCCAUUAUGCUUUCGGUCAAAAGUCUCCAGACAAUGGUUUUGAAAGGCUUACUUGGCAAGUUACUGGACUUGCUGGUAAUCUUCCUAUAGGCCUGAAAGUCAUGGGAUCAUAUCUACGAGGAAUGUCCAUGGACUACUGGAUAGAAGCACUACCAAGGCUUAGGUCUAGCCUCGACGGGGAAAUUGAAUCAACUCUAAGAUUAAGCUACGACGGCUUAACUGAAAAAGAUAAAGCUCUUUUCCUGCAUAUUGCAUGUUUCUUUGAAUCUUCCCACGUUGAUUAUGUUAAAAGGUGUCUUGAAAAAAGCGGUUUGGAAGUCAACCAUGGGCUUCAAGUCUUAUCUGAUAAAUCUCUUAUAUCUAUAGAGAAUGGAUACGUGAAGAUGCACAGUUUACUGCAACAAAUGGGUAGAGAAAUUGUGAAGAUACAGUCUUUGGAGGAGCCUGGAAGGCGACAGUUCUUGUGGGAUGCCAAUGCGAUUACUGAUGUACUUGAAGAAAGUACUGGUACUAGUAAAGUUCUAGGCAUAUUGUUGCAUACAUGGAGGAAUCGUAUCCAAAUAAGUAAAAGCGCUUUCGAUGGGAUGAAUAAUCUCCAGUUUCUAAAAGUCGUCAGUCUUACCUCAUCAUGCAUACCCGAGGGCCUCAACUGCCUUCCGGACAAACUCAGAUUAAUACAUUGGAAGCCCUGUCCAUUGAGAUUUUGGCCUUCGAAGUUCUCUACCAAGUUUCUUGUCGAACUAAUCAUGCCCUUCAGCAAAUUUGAGAAGCUUUGGCAGGGUGUCAAACCUCUCCCUUACCUCAAGCUGAUGGAUUUGAGAGGAUCUGUGUAUCUGAAAGAGAUUCCUGAUCUAUCAGAAGCAACGAGUCUCGAGAAAUUAGAUCUCUCAUACUGCAAAAGUUUGUUAGGGAUCACAAGCUCUAUUGGCAAUGCCACUAAGCUUAGAGUCUGCAAACUUAAGGGUUGCAUGCUUUUGAAAGAGCUCCCUUCUUCUAUCGGUAGGUUGGUCAAUCUCGAGGAAUUAGAUCUCAGUGGCUGCAAAAGGUUGUUAGGGAUCACAAGCUCUAUUGGCAAUGCCACUAAGCUUAGAGUCUUCAAACUUGCGAGUUGCUUGGUCUUGAAAGAGCUCCCUUCUUCUAUCGGUAGGUUGGUCAAUCUCGAGGAAUUAGACCUCAGUGACUGCAAAAGUUUAUUAGAGCUCACAAGCUCUAUUGGCAAUGCCACUAAGCUUAGAGUCUGCAGACUUAAGGGUUGCAUGCUUUUUAAAGAGCUCCCUUCUUCUAUCGGUAGGUUGGUCAAUCUCGAGGAAUUAGAUCUCAGAUAUUGCUCGAGUUUGAAAGAAUUCAGUGGUUGCUCAAGUUUGAAAACACUCCGGCUCAGCGAUACUGCAAUAAAGGAAGUGCCAUCAUCAAUGAGCACUUGGUCUUGUCUUUAUAAAUUGGAUAUGUGUGGGUGUAAAAACCUCAAGGAGUUCCCAAAUGUUCCAGACAGCAUUGUAAUUUUGAUGUUGAGCCGUACAAGGAUAGAGGAGAUUCCUCCAUGGAUCGAGAAGCUUUUUCGUCUGCGUAAGCUAAUUAUGUUUGGAUGCGAGAAGCUGAAAACUAUAUCUCCAAACAUUUCCAAGUUGGAGAAUCUGGAGUUUCUUGAACUGACUACCGGUGUUUGUGUUUAUAAUAAAGAAAAUUUCACCGCAACAAUCAAGUGGGGGCCUGACUUGAAGCACAGUUGGAGUUUACGAUCAGACUUCAAAGUUGACUACAUUUUUCCAAUAUGUCUACCCGAGAAGGUUCUUUCCUCUCCAAGAUCAUUAUAUUUCCACAGUCGUGGUUUCAAGACUAUUCCAGAUUGCAUCAGAAGUUUCUCUGGACUAAGUGUGCUUGUCGUCAAAAAUUGCGGAAUGCUCCAAGCACUUCCACAGCUUCCAGGUUCUCUUCAAUCUAUAGACGCAGAAAGUUGCAAAUCCCUGAAGAGAAUAGACUCUUCUUUUCAAAAUCCAAAUAUUUGCCUACACUUUUCUCGCUGCUUCAACCUGAAUCAAUAAGCAAGAAAGCUUAUCCAGACAUCAUCUUGCAAAUAUGCAUUCUUACCGGGUAGAAAAGUGCCUGCGCACUUCACUCACCGAACUAGUUCAGGUUCUCUAAAGAUCAAUCUGACUCCAAGACCUCUUCCUUCAUCCAUCAGAUUCGAAGCUUGUAUCUUGCUGUCAUGCAGAAGGGGGCUUACUGAUUCUAUAUCAAGAUUGGUGUCUUGUUGUGUCAGGGGUAAACAGAAUGGACUCACUAUCGAAUAUAUAUCAGAUAAUCACCCUUUUCCAUGGGGAAUUUACAGAAAUGAAGACCACCUGUAUAUAUUUGAAGAUUCUUUCUGUCUAAACCAGGAUUGCCCUGAAGCUGAAGAAGCCACUUUCAGCGAGCUUUCUUUUGAAUUCAUAGUUCAAGGUGUGUAGAAAGCUUCGACCCAAGACAGAUAGCAGCGAGUGAUGAAGUGUGGCACAAGAGGUUGGGACAUCCACAAGAUCAGACCCUCAAGUACCUGAGUCAUAACAAGUUUAUUUCAGUCAAUAAAAGUACCUUGAAGAUGUGUGAUUCAUGUCAACUAGGGAAGAGUUGUAGGUUACCGUUUGUUGCGUCUUCUUUUGUAGCGUCUAGGCCCUUAGAGAGAGUCCAUUGUGAUCUCUGGGGUCCAUCUCCUGUUACCUCUAAUCAAGGAUUCCGUUUUUAUGUUA